AUGGCGGGCGAGGAGGCUGCAGAGAGCAGCAGGAGGAGGACGUUGAUGAUGCCCAACUCAACUGGUGCUGCGCCGGAAGCCCCAAGAACGGGCGAGCCUAAGGAAUCGCUCGCCCCGGCGUCACCCUUCUGUGAAUGCCCUGUCUGCAAGGGUGUGGUGCUGAAAGAGAAUAUCACUCCGAUAUAUGGAAGAGGCAGUGAAGAAGGGGAGUCCACCGCCAACCCUGACUUGCCGCCCAGGCCUCGAGCACACAGAAGGGAGAGCCAGAGGCAGCAGCUGCAAAUGGCGGGAACGGAGGGGAAAGCAAGAGAAAUGGCAAGGGUGCUGAUACAAGACGAGAACCAGGGUUGGGACGCAACCCCAGCGAGGGUCCAGACGACUUCGGUUCCUGCAGCCCGGCAAAGGGCUGGCGCUCGGAGACAGCGAAGGCAGGAUAGCAAUGCUGCACAGGUGGUUCUUGCAGCUCCUCAGCAGUCAUCGUCUAUGAAACAGCUAUCAACUUCUAGCACUGCAGCUGCUAUAGUGGGCGAGCCAGGGCCAAGUAGUCGGUCAAGAACGCCUUCGGAGUCUCCAACCAUAAGAAGAACAAGGAGGAGGCCACAGUAG